CGAGCGCAUGCUUGGCUGAGUCACGUGAUCCCGAACCCGGAAGCUCGACUCAAAACCCGACGGUUAAUCUACAAACAGUUUGGUUUCAGCGGUUAUCUGGAAACCUAAAGUCUAUAACCAAGGGAAAACAGCUGCUCUGAUCUGCAUUUAAUCGAGAUGACUUACACGCUCAGCCUUGCUGCGGCUCUUUUCGUGGCCUUUAUUGUGUCCGCGAGCAGCUCGGAACCAACCGUGGACCCGAAUGUGGUCAAAGCGGCCAACUUUGCCAUCGAGUCACGGAAUCGAAUGACGAACUCUAUUUAUUUGUAUAAAGUCGUGGACAUCCUGUCUAACUCUGCUGAGAUAAUCCCCCCAGCCCAUGUGAAAUACACCUUACAAGUGCGAGCUGCUCAGACGAACUGCAGGAACAACGGCAGCAUGAACCCGGAGGACUGCAGCGUCGCGGAUAACGCACAGGUGAUGAUCUGCGACUUUGUGGUUUUGGCAGUUCCAGGAGACAACACGGUUCCUCAGUCGCUUCUGUCACAGGACUGUGACUGAUGCAGGCACGACUAAAUUGCAUUGUAGCUGAUUCAGAAAUCUAGAGCUUGUUACUAAGAAAAAGAAGGAGCUAUCUGUUAUCUGUUUUCUGUUUCCUGUAGAAGCUACAUACUGAACGAAACACUAACUGGCAUGCUGUUGUAGAAAAAUAAUCAACAACGAGGUGACAUAAUGCAUUUUGAAGUAAAGCAGUGUUCCUGUUCCCACCCUGUAGUUGAUUAUUUUUCUAUAAAAGAAUGUCCUCAUGUAGUUUAUUCCUUUUUUACCACAGCAGUUUGCGAUCGUUCUUUAUUCAUUAAAGAUUGAUUUUAUACAAUUGUAGUUACAUGAAAUGUCAUGGAACAAGAAAUCCAUAUAUAAAUCGUUGCCAUAGAAACAAUGACACUGUUACAGAAAAUGAAUGAAGAACCUUCUGACCAAUCAGAUUCGCGAAAUCUAAUUUAGCAGCGCUGUGGUAAAAAUGUGUUAGCAUUGUUUUAACGUUAGAGUGGAGGUGUAAUAGCACUUUUAAGCACUUUUCUUCUUUGUCUAAAUGGAUCCAGAGUUAUUAUGUACUAUUAGUAUUAGUGACGUGUUUUAAAUGAAUAUGUAAAUGAACCAUAAUAAGUUGUUGUUGGCGGGGGCUAUUACUUUAUUUUUAGAGGCAAAGAGAGCAGUGUGUGUCACUACAGCAUAAUUAUUAAUGCCUGACCUUCAGUUUGAAUGCAGAAACAUCUAGUUGCAGGAAGAAACAUUCUUGAGAGGCCACAGUAGAUCAUUUGCGUGCUUUUGUACACAUCAGCCAAAACAUUAACACCACUGCCAGGUGAACUGAAUGACAUUAUAUACCAGUAAACUUGUGACAGGAUUAUGAGGUCAUUUAUACCCACAGGGACCAAACACCAGUCCAUCCGACCUGAACCAACAGAAAAACCAAUGUAGCACAAAUUGCUGAGAAACAUCAUUGCUGGCCACAAUAGAGAGGUAUCAGAACCCUCGGUCCACCACAUGGGGUCCAUCAGGCAAAGAGCAUAAGGUUGUUGAUCUGGCCAUCAAAUUCUCCGAAUCUUUUACCGGACAAACAAGUCCAAACCACCCCGCAACCCACAGCACCCAAAAGGGUCCACUGCCAAUGUCACGAGGGGAAACCCAAAACUUAGGUGGUUUUAAUGUUAUUGGUGAUCUGUGUGUGUAAAAAUGCUAAUUGUGUAGAAGAUAAAUGAUCGGAUUUGUGUGGGUAUUUACGCACCACCACUGCUGAUAUUGUUGCAGAUACAAUAAAUACAAUAAACCUGAAUUAAAUAGAAGA